AUGGCGGCUACUGGACGAUCAAGCGCUUCGUCAGUCCUCCGCCCUCUCUCUCCUUCCGAAAGAUUCGAUAAAAUCAACCUCCGUUUAAAGAGGCUUUCCACCGCAACCGCCGCCACCCCGAAACCCUCCUCCGCCGUUUCGAGGAAUCGAAAGUGCCGGUGCUCUCCCACGUCGUCGACGCACACUGGACCCUCCCGCUGCACUAUUCACCGCCGAUUAGAAAUCGUGAAGCUACUAGCUAAUUUGAAGCCGAAGCGAAGGAGAUCUACCAGUAUCGCAACGGCGACGAGUAGUAGUAGUUCGGGAUCGAAUGAGAAGAAGAUCGGAACCCUAGGUUUGAAGCCGAGGCGAAGGAGGAGCGGUGGUAUCACGACGAGUGAUUCGGGGUUGAAUCUGAGGAAAACGGCUCUGGCGAAUUCGCUCGCGGGGUUGGGGACUGUGGAGGCGGAGCGGUGUAGGAAGUACUUGAAGGAGAGUAUGGUUAAACCGUUGUCUCUCCGGUUCCGUUGCAAGUACCGGCCACGGCCACGACCUAGCCGGUUCUACGCAUUGCAUAAAAAUCAAAAUUAA